AUGCCGGCCACGGUGAAAGUGCACCUGUUUGGAAAAACUGGAUGGAUUGGCAGCCAGUUGCUGAGACUGAUGGUGGAAAAGCCCUAUGAGGUCACGUGUUCAGACUCCCGGAUGGAAGAGCGAGAACAAGUAGAACGAGAACUGGAUGCCGUUCAACCCAAAUACGUCAUCAUAGCAGCAGGGUUGACCGGGCGCCCCAACGUUGACUGGUGCGACAGUAAUCAGCAGGAGACUAUCCGAGCAAACGUCAUCGGUCUGUUAACGGUAGUUGACCUUUGCGCCACCAGGGGGAUCCACGUGACUUACUUCGGCACCGGGUGCAUUUACGAAUACGAUGAGAACCAUCCCAUCGGUGGAAGGGGGUUCACUGAAGAAGACGCUCCCAAUUUUACCGGGUCGUUUUACUCAAAGACAAAGGGAAUGGUAGAGAGGUAG